AUGCGGCUGAGCUCGUUCGUGGGGACGGAGCCGUUCCUGCGUCGUCUGAGGUCCCUUUGGACGUCCCGCCCGACCUCCCCUUUCCCAGUUCGUCAGUCACCUCCUUUGGCUUCAUUGACACAGUUGACACACUUGGCUUUAUUGACACAGUUGGCCCCAUUGACACAGUUGGCCUCCUUAUCCUCUUUAGCCCCGUUAGGUGUUUUUGAUGGCUUUGUAGGGUCCGCCCUGCGGGGGUGGUGCCACCCGACGCGUCGGCUGAGUCGAGACCGUCGGACGUACCGAAAGCAAGAGACAGUGGAGAUCGCGGCGUCCGAGGAGUUCCUCUUCCAGAGUGGGGGCGGGAAGACCAUGCAUGGCUCGUUGGAGUUGAACCUCUUCGAGGACCCCACCGGCGGCCUCGCGACCGGCCCGGCGGAGGAGCUCACCACUACCGAGUUGGAGGCCCAGGCCCGGCUGCGUGUGACAGGCUACGACCCCGCGAUCUUUCGUCUGCUCUAUACCCCUUUGGUGGAUGUCAUCACGGCCUUGUGGGAAGGAGAAGGAGAGAAGGGGGGGACGGGUGCGGCCUCGGAGGAGCCCAUUCCUUCGGAGGAGGUCGCGCGCUGGUUCAUGGACGGCAUAAGCACGCUGCGGCGACCGACGUAUACGGCCGAUGCGAUGGGGCCGGCGCGCUGGCGUGCGCUCUGCCACGGGCUUAGCAAGCUCUACGAGGGGGUGGAGCCAGUGAUGCCGCUAACGCGGGCGGUGCGUCGACAUAAACUGCCGGAGGAGCUCUACGUGCCCUUUUUUCGACAGCUCGCGAUGAGCUUGGCCGAGCCCGAGGCACGGGCGACGACGGUGGGGAUCCUGCCUGGGCUGACGCUUAGUCUUGCGAACGGUCGCGCACCGCCUUUGUUUGGCCUCCCUGCAUCCAUGGGCCAGGCUGAGCGGGUGUUGAUCGUCGCUGAGAUCUACCUCAGCGUCGCGCAGGAGACAGGGGACGUUGAUCUCGCCUUCCUCGGCCUCCAGCUGCUUCGCGCGAACAGCAUCCAGCCCCAUUUUGGGUUUCAAAAGCAACUCACAAACGUCUUUGCGGCGUCAUCUCGGCUUCGCACGGACUGGCAGACCCGUUCGUCCGGGCAGCUCGUGGAGAUGUUCCCCAAAUGGCGAGAUUACCUUAAGGUGGUGCGGCGAGACAACCUGCGGGCGGCCGAACGAUAUCUGCAAACCAAAGAUGGCAGUCAAGGUAAUGGUGAGGGUGACCAGAUGAGUGCGAUGGAGGCCUCCGACGAUGCAGGAUCGUCACCCCUGCACUGUGGGAGGGACGUACGGUUCGAAGGAUCGAAUACCGCCACCGUUGGCGAUACCUCGCACGAAUACUUCACGAGCCGCCGCCGUGAGGAUCUGGAGCGUCUUACGGAGCUGGAGAUGAACAUCGACGCGGCUGUACAGGCGCGACUUCCGGAGCUUUACCGGCAGAAUUCCUCACGGCGCGUACGGCAAAGCGACUCGGCCACGCUUUCCCCAACCCCGCCAGCGUGUGAGAGCGAGGGGGAGGGACAAGCAAGCGCUUUGAAUAACCGCAGGCUCGCACGCGCAAAAAAAAAGUCACGCAAGGAGGCUGAAGAAGAGGAGGACCCUAACGCGGCGACGACUUUUGAGGAAAAUGAUGAUGAUGCUGUCAGCCCUAAGAUGGGUUUCCGAACCCCACCGCCUUCAUCGAAGCGGUGUGACAAGCAGGUGAAGACGCCGCCGUUGUCGACACCCACUCCUCUACAAACGCCACCGGAGCCGUCGUCAGGGUUUUUUUCCAGUUCGCUAGACUAUGAAGAAUUCAGAUUUUAA